AUGCUGAUGAAACUUCGGACUCAGGUGCUUUACCAGUUCUCAAUAUAUUUGAGUGAAGCUGCCACUCAGAAUUUAGAUUUGACAUUACGCGAACAUGCUGAGCGUCUUCCGGGCUUCUACGUGCGCGAAGGUGGUCGAAUUGAUAUGCAGUUAAGCAGUUUGGCUAUUGAAACCAAUUUUUUGAUGAAAUAUUCGACUCAAUCGUCGUCUUUAGUAGACAUGAUAUUACUUAAGGACAUGGCUAUUUGCUGGCAGCCUGUACUUAAGGAACUUUUUUCACCACAUAACUUUCAUCUUGAGUACAUUGGCUGUGUUGUAUCCCAACCUGGAGAUGAGGCACAAAAUUGGCAUUUGGAUGGAAUUCAUCGCAACAAAACUAUUCAAGAAUCAGUGGAUCGUCUGAAUGUGUUUGUGCCACUUGUAGCACUAAAUGAUGAAAUUGGAGGCACUGAAAUGAAAUUAAGGUCGCAUAUUCACGAAAAUGGAGCUCGUGGUACAGCAUUUGAAGACUAUCAAGAUCUUCCUAGUGUUAUUGCACAUAUCCAAGCAGGAACUCCCAUCAUCAUGGAUUAUCGUAGACAAAUUCCGACUUAA